UGCCCUUCUUGCUAUUUCUCUACGACUUGCUCGCUCACAGCCUCAUUCUCUCAUUUACUCCGAUAUAAAUCUUCUAAGAGUUGAGUUUCUCUUUCUCUCAGCGGGUCUCCGUAUCUUCGAUGGCCUACCAGUUCUUCGCAAAGGUCCAUCAGGCCAACAGGUCAUCGUCCGUUUCUCCCCCUCUCUCCCCGCCCCAGAACUCCUCGUCACCACCACAGUCUGCCAGUACCCAUGCCAGACCUCCAAGAUAUCCUCCGCCCAUGGUUGUUGCUCCGCCGUCGUCGUCCUCAACCUCAUCUGUCAGUGUAGCUGCCAAAUUCAGACCACAAAUGGCGAAAGACGCUUCCUUCCAGCCCCCUGCGUACCCUCAUCCUAUUCAACCGGGCUAUUCAACUCCCCACCCACAUAUCACAAUCGAGCCGGUGAGCACGGCUCAUAUUCCUUCAUUAACCCGAAUUACCGGUCUCCUACUUCCUAUUCGCUAUCCCAACUCGUUCUAUACCGCAACUAUUACCGAUCCCGUGAUCGCUUCGGUGUCGCGCGUGGCCAUAUACCACGACCACCCAGUGGCUGCGGUACUCGCAUCAGGGGCCUUGUCCUCGUCGCCAGCCACAGCGACAACCACUGGAGGAACGGAUAAAGUAAUCGGAGGCAUCCGAUGUCGACUAGAGCGCCAUUCUCCAAUCACCACUGAAGUUCUUCAAACGCAAUCGGACCGACAGAAACAGGAACCGACCAAUCUCUAUAUUCAAACACUCCACCUGCUCUCUCCAUAUCGUGGCAGUGGCGUUGCGGCUUCACUACUCAACUCAUUGCUGUUUUCGUCUCCGCCAACCCCUGCCACGGCUGCCACGGCUGCGCGAUCUACGUACCAGGUCUCGGAGCUUGUGAAACACUACAAUAUCCGGACUGUCACAGCGCAUGUGCACGAGGCCAACGAGGAUGGACUCAAGUGGUACAUUUCACGUGGCUUUCAACUAGAAGAAGGCAUAGUUGAGAACUACUACCGCCGACUGAAACCUUCCGGGGCCAGAAUCGUCAAGCUUGUUCUCCAAUGGCGUUACAGUGAUGAUAGCAUACCUAUGCAGAGUCCCGUUCAAGCUCCAUCUGAAACAACGCAGUUUGGUAGAAAAUCCUCCGAAGAAGACGAGGACUGGGAAAAGGUUGAGGCAGAAGAUGAUGACGACCAAGACGAACACGGGGUUCAAUCCUUUACGGACUCUAAACUUUUUGAUAUCGAAGAUUCCGCGAGCAGGAAACGCAAGGCCGAUGAAGAGCCACAACGGCUAUAGUGCUAUUUCCCUGCCAUUUUUCUUGCAUAUAACCCCUAUCUCUCCUAUGUAUUCUCAUCAUAUUUCAUUCGUUUCCUUUUUAUUUUUGCAUGCUCUCACCAAGGAUACCCUCAUCAACUUUCCCACUAUAUAGCUCUCCCCCUAAGUUAGAAAUACCUAUACAAAUAGACCGUUAAAGAAAU